CCAGGCAGGACGCCGGCUCACUGUUACACAAGCAGCUGAGUUACGCACCAAAUCACACCGAGCGCUGGUGACACCGCUGAGGAAAAAACAAUAACGAUGGGGGUGACAAUUAAAGUCGAAUACUGUGGAGCAUGAGGAUACGAACCCCGCUAUCAGGAGCUCGCCCGGGUUGUUAAGGGUGAGUUUCCCGAUGCGGCUGUGUCAGGCUUCGUGGGAAGAAAAAGCAGCUUUGAGAUCGAAAUCAAUGGGCAGCUUGUCUUCUCCAAGUUUGAGACUGGUGGCUUCCCAUAUGAGGAUGACAUCAUGAACGCUGUCCAGGAUGCAUAUGACGGGAAACCGGUACAGAAGAUCACCAAAAGCCGUGCACCAUGUGUCAUCAUGUAAAUCUCCCUCCGUGUGUCUUUGCUCUCGCUUACCAGCAGCAUCAAGACAAGCUAGUGCAGCUGUGUAUACUGCUACUACCACCUGUGGUAUACCCUGACCCUGUUAACAAAGACUGGGAUGAAACCUUAAAUCCAACAGAGGUGCACUGUGACCACAAGCUCCUUUCUCUGAUGCAGAGAGCGACCACCUAACCCUGCUCUGCCGUCUGGCUCCCCUCUCUGUUCUCGCUGUGGAGCUCCAGGCUGUUAAUGAUUACCGUAGCCUAAAAUGUUAAAGCUAUGGUAUGAUGAAUCCAUUCCUGGAAUUUCCUUCUUCUAAGAGCAGAGACAGGGAGAAGAUUUAGCAGAAGGGUUGGAAGGGAGCUCACUUUUCUUUUCCUACAGCCUCAUUGUCUGACAUUCUCUAACUGCCUAACUGUUUUCUUUUGUUUGUUUGUUUUUGUUGUUUAUUCAUCUUACAUGCAAUUAAGAAUUAUCAUUGAAUGCAAGGACAGGACAUCAUGAUUGCACCUCAUUUCUAAGCAUAAAGGGAGAGACUCUGGGUUUCUGCCUCUGUACUAUUCUGUAUCUAAAGCAUUUUUUUCUGAGAUAACAAUGUCAAAUACUCUGACUGUGUGGGUUUUGAAUAGCAAAUCAACAUCAUAAUGUGGUGGGUGGAUGUAAAAGGAGAACUAAAAUAUUUUUCUUUCUUAAUCAAAUUGGAUUAGAUUUAAAUAUUAAAAUGAUUGCUUGUAACACUGCCUUUGUGUGCAGCUGCUUAGCUCUAUAAAUUUUUUGUCCAGUCUGAAUCUGUUUGGUAUUCAUUUUUUGGGUUGUUUUUUUUUUUUUUUUUUUAAUUUUUGUUCCUCUGUAAAUCAAACCGGUCAGGUACUGGAGCGUUCAUCAGUAGUGCUUCUGAAGACCACCACCCACUGGUCUGUCAGCUCACACUAAUUCGAUGUCAGCUCAUUCUCCACAAAUCAUGUAAUUGUUUACUCCGAUGUCAAAAAUGUAGUCUUUGAAUAAAGGUAAAGGUUGUUUAA